CUCAUUCAUUCCCUCUUCCCCCUUUCUUUGAACUUUUGCUCUGUAGUCAACAACGAUAAAGAGCGAGGGGUAUAGGCCCAUUCAAAUUCAAAAAAUCAAAAGCAAAUCCCCCCAAAAAAAAAAAAAAAAAAAAAGAAACCCCCCCAAAAAAAAAAAAAAAACAAAGCCCUAAAAUUACAAAAUCCCUAAAAUUACUGUCUUUCUGAAAUCAUGACCUCGAUCAGAGCUUCAUCUCGCUACUCCUCCCAUUCUCAACCCUCUCCGGAUCUGGAAAACCCUAGCUCCAAUAGGAUGGACUCCGCCACCAAAUCCAGAGCUCUAGUCCGAGCCAGAUCAGGCGAUGUGGUCCCCACCAAGAGCAAGAACCCCAGUGCUAAUACCAACUUCGUUGGUACCAUGGUGAAGAAAUUAAUGGAGAAGAAGUCCAAUAACCUCAGGCCCAAUGGACCUCUGCCCAUUGCUGCUGCUGUUAAAGGCAACGGCAAGGGGAAGUCAAACGCUGCUUCAAAUCUCACCACUUUACUCAAUCGUAAGCUCUUUCACAAGACAUCAUCAGCACCAGGAGGAGGAGGAGGAGGAGCGUUGACCGAGGUCAAAGCCAACACAAGGACCCUCUCCAUGGUCCUCCGCAGUGAGAGGGAGCUGCUCUUCCAGAACAAAGACUGCCAGGAUCAAAUCCAAGAGCUCCGCCUUCUGCUCGAUGAAAAGAGCCGAGAAGUAGAGAAACUGAAAGACUUGUGCUUGAAACAAAGGGAAGAGAUAAAGGCAUUGAAAGAUGCCAUUUUAUUUCCUGAUGUUAUGAAUUCUCAGCUUCAUGAGCUGUUCGAGAAACAAGGGUCGGAGCUGAAACAGGCCAGGAACAUCAUCCCAUGUCUACAGAAGCAAGUUUCUUCUCUAACCGGUCAGCUUCAGUGCCUUGCUGAGGAUCUUGCUGAGGUGAAAGCUGAUAAAUAUGUUGAAAGGAAAUGCUUUGACCGUCAUAGUUCUCCACAAACACCAAUAUCCAAUCUGGAAGCUCAGAAUUCUCUGGAAUGUAGUUCUGAGUGCCCUGUGACUUAUGGUAGCCCCGAUGAAAUGGUUAUGAAGGACCUGAACCCUUGUUUGACCCCAUGGUUUUCAAAGACAAAGUCUAAGGAAUAUGAUCAGAUAUCGGGUUAUGAUUUUCCAAGCAAGAAUAGGUCAUUUAAGAACAGUGCAGAAUUUAGCCCGAAUUUUUCCAGUUGUCGUGAUGGAAUUUUGUCAAAGAGUUCAGAACACUGUCAGCAACCUAGGCAUUGCUUUAGCACUGCUCGAAAAAUAUACAAGUCAGAUGAAAGUAAGUGUUCCACUGGAAAGCUGAAACUCCAAAAUAUGUUUUGAAAGUCGUCCUUGCUGUUGUAGCCUUUAGUUCCUGGAGGGGUGGCACUGGCAGUUUGUUUUUACUCAUCUUGUUGAGUUUCUAUUCGCAUGUAACAAUUGAAUUUUACAUCUGUAAAAGGAACAUCAUAUUGCCAAGAUAUUGGGGAGCAAUGUAUGUGUAAUGGAGCAGGUGAGCUUCAGACUAAAUCUUUUAGUCAUCUGAUCGGGUUAAUUGCACUUUAAUC